AGUUGACAUUUUUUCGAGGGAAAAUGAAGAUUUCCCUAGCCGUUCUUGGCCUCUUUUUGGCUUUCUUCUUCAGUUCACAAACGCCAACAUCAGCUUUUUUCCUUCCACCGCCAUCGGAUAUUUUCUGCAAAUAUUACCCUAAUUAUAUUUUUUGUGGCAAAAAUGAUAAUGACACUGGAUCGGGAAACUCGACUUCACCUGCAACACCUGGAAAUUCAACCAGCAAUGGAACUACUCCAGCAGAAGGAGGCCAACCCCGUUCUUUGACACCACCAUUUGGUUAUUAACAGUCCCGCUUCUUAUUAUAUCUAAUAUUUUAAUAAUCCUUUAGUUUUUGCACCCUGGCAUGCCAAUUUCUGAAAUUAAAAACUUCCGAACGUUGCAAAUCAUUUAAUGGAAUAGAAUUCACUUUUUUUUAUUAAUUCUCAAAGUGUAGAACCGCCACCUAAUUUAUCAGUGAUUUAUUAGUCAAAUUCUUCAUUCCUCCACCAAAGCCAAAUAUUUCCGUCUACUUAAUCACUCCGCUGGAUUCCACACACCUACCAGAAGUCUUUCGGUAAAAAUUCAAUUAAUUGCGAGCUCUAUCGGUGAAUGCAAUCGGUUAUGAACUCAUAAGCACAUCGGCGCCCACCAUUUUUUUUUUCCAACAUCAACUUAUUACACACUGUGCCCCGUGUAUUUAGUGGACAUAGUUAAAGAUCGUUAUCCAAUUAGUCAAAAGCUCGUGUAAUAAAUUGCCC